CGUCAUCGCACUAUCGUCUCUAAUCUCAUUCUCUAGUGGCAAUCGGGUUUGUUUUGAUUCGCUCACCCACUAUAUAUGCGAAAUUCAAUGCGUUUAUGGAAUGAAAUUUUAACGUAAUCCUUCAACACCAUCUAACUAUGGAUUUAAUGGAUAUUUUGUUCAAUACCUAUGUUAUAACUGCCGCGUUGGGAUUUUUAGUGUACUUUAUUUAUAGAUUCGCAACCAGAAAUCACACUUUUUGGGAGGAAAGAAAUGUCCCGUACGUAAAACCGUAUCCCUUCAUUGGAUCACUCAAGGACAAUUUUCAGAAUAAUCUAGAAGACUUGGAUGCGGAACGAUACAAAACUUUAGGCAAAAUCUAUGGAUUCUAUGAAGCGACAAAGCCAUGCUUGAUGGUUGCUGAGCCGGAACUUUUGAGGGAUAUUUUGAUUAAAGACUUUCCAACAUUCACAAAUCGUAGAUAUAUGGACAUGGGAGAUGACGUACUGAAUAAGAUGAUGACUGCUUUGCAAAGCGAAGAUUGGAAGAGAGUUCGAGCUAUUGUUUCACCCACAUUUUCAACGGGAAAACUUAAGAGGGUUCUGAACAUCUUUCAAGACUGUGCCAAAACACUCAUUCAAAGUUACACAAAAUCCGCUGAUUCGAAAUCACCAGUUGAUGUUUUAAAGUUUUAUGGGGCGUAUACUAUGGAUAUUAUUGCAAGUUCUGCCUUUUCUACAAAAAUUGACUCUCACAACGAUCCAGAUAAUAUAUUCAUCCAAAAAGCUAGGACGAUAUUCAACCAGGAUAUGGGAUUUUCUAUUCUUCUUUUCUUUUUGUUUCCGAAUAUUAUGAAACGGAUUGGAUUCUCGCUAUUUCCAAAAGAUACUAUGCAAUUUUUUAAGAUGACGACUCUGCAAAUCAUCAAAGAGAGGAAGAAAACAGGACAGAAACGGAAUGACUUUUUGCAAUUAUUAAUGGAUUCUGCUGAUGAAAUAGAAAAAGAAGAGGACACGGAAAAUAGUUCAGAAGACAUUAUUCGAAAUUAUGGGGACGAAUCCAACAAUAAUUUAGUCUUCAAAAAUGUUUCGACAAAAAGUUUAGGAAUGAAUGAGCUGAUUGCUCAGUGUGCCCUGUUCUUCAUUGCUGGUUACCAUACCACUGCGUUGACGUUAGGUUUUACGACGUAUCAUUUAGCACUUGAACAACGUGUGCAAGAUAAGCUUUUUCAGGAAAUCGAAGAAGUGCUGAGUCAAACUAACGGUGUGCUUACAUAUGAAUCAAUUCAGAAAAUGAAGUAUUUGGACAAUGUAAUUUCUGAAACACUUCGACUGCACCCCCCGCUUACAAGGUUGGACAGAACAGCUGAUGUUGAAUACAACUUAAAAGGUACAGGAAUUACUAUUCCCAAAGGUACAUUAAUAAACGUUCCUGUGUAUGCCAUGCACUACGAUCCAAAACUUUUUCCCGAACCUGAAUGCUACAAUCCAGAAAGGUUCAGUUCAGAAGAAAGAGAUAAAAUUGUUCCUUAUUCUUACUUACCUUUUGGUGCUGGACCCAGAAACUGUGUUGGAAUGCGUUUUGCGCUGUUGGAAAUCAAGAUCUGUUUAGCGUAUGUCAUCAGUACCUUUCAUGUGGAAACAUGUCCAGAAACGAAGAUACCUUUGGAGUACAACCGUGGACAAGGCAUACUUCGACCAAAAGAGGUGACUCUGCGUCUAACACGAAGAGAUAACUGCCCUCUGAAACAGUGAUAAAAAAAAACAGUUCGUGAAAAUACUGAUGUGGCCCUUUUAUAUUUUUAUGUGACAUAUUUUUGUGAUUUAUGCAAAGAAAAAAUGAUUCAUGUAUAUACACUGUAUGUUAUCCUUCUCACUCUCUUAUCAUGUUACCGUCCUUUCAUUUAUCGUGUGAUUUUUUAUACUUUUAGAUGUGACUUUUGUUAAAAUAAACAAUUUUAUACGUUUAA